CGACGAUCUCGUGCCGCUCGUUUGACAUAGACAGCCAUUAAGGCGGGUUCCUUGGUUUAUGGCAGUAGUACGUUGCUGGGACGAGGAACUAUUUGAAAAAUAGAAUUUUAAGGGAAGAUUUUACGGUAUAAAAAAAAAAAAAAAUGGCACAGCGUGUAAGAGCAAGCUCCCAGCAUAAUGCAGAAAACCUAUUUAUGCCUGUGCAGAAGGCACUGAGGGUCAAGCCUGCCAAUGGAAAGAGAGUAGUUCUUGGAGAUCUUGGAAACAAAUCUACUAUAUCACAAGCUGCUUCAAAAGUGCUGACUAGUAAUGUUUGCAAGGAGAAACCAAAACCAUCUUUUGCUAAAGUUAAGAAAAAAUGUAACCAGCUGCAAAACACAGAAGUAAAAGAAAAUGUCAUAGUCAAGCAAGUAAAAGAAAAACCUUUACCAUUGCAGAGAUUUCCAACAUCCAUGGAGGUGAUGGGCAGGCUACCUUCAGAAAACUUGUGUCAAAAUUUUUCUCAAAUGCUGCUGAACAUUGAAGACCUAGAUGCAGGUGAUGUGCAUGAUGCAAAUCUUUGUUGUGAAUAUGUGAAAGAUGUUUACAUCCAUCUGAGAGAGAUUGAGGAAAAAGGAGCUGUAAAACCUAUGUAUCUGGAAGGAUGUCAGAUUACUGGAAACAUGCGUACCAUACUUAUUGAAUGGCUGGUGCAGGUUCAUAGUAGAUUCCAAAUGAUGCAGGAAACUAUGUACUUGACUGUGGGAAUAAUUGAUCGCUUCCUUCAGGCUCACCCUGUUCAUAAAUCCAAGUUGCAACUUGUUGGUGUAACAGCAAUGUUAAUUGCUUCAAAAUAUGAAGAAAUAUUUUCACCAAGGAUUGCUGACUUUUCUUAUAUAACUGACCACUCAUGCACAAGAGCCCAAAUCAGAGAAAUGGAACGGUGCAUCUUGAAAGUCUUAAGUUUUAAUUUGAGCUUUCCUAUUGUUUUGCAUUUUCUGAGAAGAGUGGCAAAGGUUGGAGAUGCAAGUACACAGCUCUACACAUUGGCAAAGUAUUUAUCAGAGUUGUCCCUGAUAGACUAUGACAUGGUACAUUAUCCAGCAUCACAGGUGUCUGCUGCAGCUUUUGCUCUUGCAUUGAAAGUUCUUGAUUUUGGGGAAUGGACUCCUACUCUACAGCACUAUACAGGAUAUACUGAAGACCAUCUCAUGCCUGUUAUGAAGCACUUGGCCAAAAAUGUUCUGAGGGUUAAUGAAGGGAUGACUAAGCACACUAUAAUAAAAACAAAGUAUGCUAGCCCAAAACAAAUGAAGAUCAGUACUAUUCCACACCUUAAAUCUGAUUCAUUGAGGACUUUAGCUGAAUCAUCAAGUUAAAUAUUGCACCAGAGUGGCUUUCUUCUUUUUUUUUUUUUUUU